UCUGAAAAAAUGUUAAAGAGGCUCUGGUUGAGCUUUUCGAUGAGAGACAAAGCUCUCUCGAUGGAUAACCAUAACUCAAGAGAAGCAUAGAUCAAUUUGUGGGCUCCCUGCUUCUUCCUCCAUAUAUCACAGAGAGAGAGAGAGAGAGAGAGGCCAGCCAGUGUACGUUCCUCCCCAACCCCACUAACUUCUUUGUUUUCUGCAUUUUCUGGGUACCGGUAGCACCCGGAUUCCUUAUGGAAACAGCUAUGAGUAACAGUACUAACAAGAACAAUGACAAGUACGACCAUGACAUCAUCGACUGGUUUGAGAGCGUCUCUGAGAACGCCGGUCAUGUUCAAACGCAAACUCUUCGCCGGAUUCUUGAGCUCAACUAUGGUGUGGAAUAUCUCAGAAAAUGGUUGGGAGAUAUCAACAUCCAUGACAUGGAUGCAUGUGCAUUGGAAUCACUUUUCACAUCCGUGGUGCCUCUUGCCUCACAUGCAGAUUUUGAGCCUUAUAUUCAGAGAAUCGCAGAUGGGGAUACAGGUCCUUCACUCAGUCAACAACCAAUAACCACUCUCUCUUUAAGUUCCGGAACAACCGAAGGGAAGCAAAAGUACGUGCCUUUUACACGCCAUAGUGCCCAGACCACUCUUCAGAUUUUUAGGCUGGCAGCAGCCUACAGAUCAAGGGUUUAUCCAAUAAGGGAAGGAGGGAGGAUCCUUGAGUUCAUUUACAGCGGCAAACAGUUCAAAACAAAGGGAGGGUUAGCAGUUGGAACAGCCACAACACAUUACUUCGCAAGCGAAGAGUUCAAGAUCAAACAGAAAAUGACACAGUCAUUCACUUGCAGCCCAGGAGAAGUAAUUUCAAGUGGAGAUUACAAGCAAUCCAGCUACUGCCAUCUCCUCCUCGGCCUCUUCCUUUCUGAAGAAGUAGAGUUUAUAUCGUCCACCUUUGCCUACAGUAUGGUGCAGGCAUUUAGAGGGUUCGAAGAGCACUGGAAAGAUAUAUGCAAUGACAUCAAACAAGGCAGUCUUAGCCCAAGAAUCACUUCACCCAAAGUUAGAGAAGCUGUCUUGAAAAUCAUUACCCCGAACCCAUGUUUGGCAUCUAAAAUCCAAUCGAGUUGCGAGGAGUUGCAGAACUCGAAUUGGUCGGGUCUGAUUCCAAAGCUUUGGCCAAAUGCUAAGUAUGUUUAUUCAAUCAUGACGGGGUCGAUGCAACCGUACUUGAAAAAACUGAGGCAUUAUGCUGGAGAGUUGCCACUAGUGAGUGCUGACUAUGGGUCAACUGAGAGCUGGAUUGGGGUGAAUGUGGAUCCCUCUUUACCCCCAGAGAAUGUCACGUUCUCUGUAAUACCAACUUUUUCAUACUUCGAGUUCAUACCACUUUAUAGAAGGAAGCAAGAUUGCAUUUCAGCGAUUGAUGACUUGGUUGAAGAUGAACCAGUCCCACUCUCCCAAGUCAAGGUUGGGCAGGAGUAUGAGCUUGUACUAACUACUUUUACUGGGCUUUAUAGGUACCGAUUAGGGGAUGUGGUGGAAGUGGCUGGUUUUCACAGAGGAACACCUAAAUUGAGCUUUAUAUGCAGGCGAAAGCUAAUUUUGACAGUAAAUAUAGACAAGAACACUGAAAAGGAUCUUCAGUUGGUAGUGGAGAGGGGAUCUCAGCUGCUGAGUCAGACUGGAGCGGAACUGGUUGAUUUUACAAGCCAUGCUAAUAUAGCUAAACAGCCCGGUCACUACGUAAUUUACUGGGAGAUUAAGGGAGAAGUGGAUGAAAGAAUUCUUGGGGAGUGUUGUAAGGAACUGGAUGCUUCUUUUGUUGAUUAUGGGUACGUCGUUUCCAGGAGAACAAGUUCAAUUGGGCCACUUGAGCUUUGCAUUGUGGAGAGAGGAACAUUCAAGAAGAUUUUGGAUCAUUUCAUAGGCAAUGGAGCGGCAAUGAGCCAGUUCAAGACACCUAGGUGCACUAGCAACCAGGGACUCCUGAGAAUUCUCAAUCUCUGCACCAUUAAAAGGUUCCAAAGCACCGCUUACGAUUGAAACAAACAGAGAGUGAUUUAUGUUUUGUAGGUACGCACGUAGGUAACUACCAAAAACGUGCGAGAACUGACUUGUUUGGGAAUAGAUCUCAUUCUAAAAUUCUCAUAUCAUUUCAU